AUGGGUUCUCAGGCAAGAAGGCAUUCUCAGCAAGUCAAAGCAAUAUACCCCCACUUCUAUGAUUUGGACGUGUUCAUGGGUGAUCAGCCUUCAGAAACCCCACUUGAUCAACUUGAGUCUUUGAGUGAUCUCAACACCAAGGCUUGUAUGGAUGCUCUUGGGCUCACCAGCUCACAGGCAAGUGUGGGUACCUCACAAGUUCACAAAGAGAUCAUGGACCUGGAGGACAACAACACAACCUCAGAUGUUGGAUAUACCAAUGAUUCUUUUGACUUAGCACCUCAAAUGAUCCACUCAGCACUGACACAACCAGUCAACCAAGCCAACCACCCCAGAAAAACUAAUAAUCCCAAGUGCUUCCAAGAGUCUUUGGUUGGAGGAGAAGAAGAGUCUUCCAACUCUUCAUCCAGCCCUUUUGGUUCCAAAAAGGCCUGUGCUCUGUGUCAUGGUACUUUCUUAAAAUCUUUAGGAUUCAAUGACAAGCCUGACACCAGUCCCAAUAAUCACAAACUUGGCUUGGUUACUGAGCAGCUAAUCAAAUUCCAAGACACCAACUCCAAACAACGCAAGCGCACGCUAGACUUGCAAAGCGAUGUGAUUAAGGGUCAAGUCUCCAUCAGGGAAACAAUUGCUGGUGCAAUGCUUGAGAUGACCAAUGUUCUCAAGGUCAUGACUAAUCCUCCAAAGGACAAAACAACUCAAGAAUUAGAUAUUUUAAGGCUUGACCUUGAGAAAUCUGACUAUGAGUAUUGCCUUGCAAACCAGAGGGCGGAAAUUUUGGACCUUGAGCUCAAACAAAAAGCCAAAUUGAUUGAGCAUUUUGAAAAAUCUGCAAAGUAA